AUGGAGUGGCAUUUGAGUUCCGGACUACGACAUUUUCUCCUGCUCAGUUUGGCCACUUUUGUGUGGUUUAGUCUACUCUGGACACCAACUCAUCAGAUUGGCUACGACACAAGCAUCGCAGGAGAACAUGACGGAGACGCGCCGAAUUCUUCCAUCUGCCGCCGUGCCUUGGCCAAUGUGACGAAUGACACGGCGCGAUGUUGGAUUGCACGACACUUUCGGGGGUGUCAAUUUGAUUCCGGAUUCUUCCCAUACCUGGUCUUUCAGUACUGCACAUUUGAUGAACGGAUUAUUCCAACCGUAUUCAUGGUACUUUGGCUUGUGGUACUUUUGGGUGCAUUUGCCACCAUCGCGGACUCCUUUGCGGUCACAGCCAUCACAACAGGGGAUCCAGAUGCCCCAGACGAAGGGCUCGGUCUGGGAUUUUUACUCGGUUCCGGUCUUCUGGUCAACACAAUCACAGCAGGCUUGGUCAUUAUUAUCAAACCAUUCAAAAUGAGCCGUCGGCCGUUUCUGAAAGAUUCUUUUUUCUAUCUCUCUGCGGUCACUUGGAGCGCAUCGAUUCUCAUCCGAAGGCGAUUGUAUUACGCUGACGCAAUCGGAUUUUUGGUUUUCUACCUGAUUUACGUAUUCACCACUUGGAUUGGUGGCACACUGUUUCGUCGACAAAAGGAGUCCGAACGACUUCGCGGAACCGGCAACUUUUGGCCGCCAUUUUUACAACGCCUAAUCACCGCCUUUCACACCUGCUCGGUGCAGAUUAAAUCAUGUUUUUUCCACGGAGCCAAGUGCUUCUAUCCUAUCUACGGUUGCGUAAAAUCUGUGAUUGGCCGGAAGGUCAAAUCGUCUACAGGAGCUGAUCAAAAAUCGCAAAACGUAAACGCUGUAAGUGUGAUCAAUGCGUUAUCAACACGAUACCGAUCAAGUGACAAUCUGGCCAUCAGUCAAACAAAUCUUCCGGUGCAGCUAAGCAACGGAACACUGGUGCAAGGUCAGAUUUUAGCUUCAGAUUCCUUAAAACCGGCCCCACAAAACUACCCGCAAACUUUGAACAAGCCGGUGAUUGAGAUAACUUCUCCACAAGUCAAUGACUUCAGUGAUAUUGUCACUGACAUGAACGAGGAAACCAUCAGUGCUGCCGAUUAUGACGAACGCACCUCAACCGUGGCAGACCCCAUUCCCAUGGUUCCUAUGAACUUUCUCCAGCCAGUUGACGGACCACGCCAACGUGCUUCCUCGGUCGGGUCCUCCUGCGUUGAUCCCAAUCGGCGGCGUCUGUCCAGUAGCACUCCUGGCACAGGAGGAUUGGCACGUGAGAGGUGUCGACGCACGCAAUCAGUCAGCAGACGUCGUGCAAGCACCAGGAUGAACGCUGUCGGUUAUGAACUACCUUAUAUGGUUCGUUGGAUUAUUGCAAACCGGGAACUGGAAGAAAAGGAUCUGGGAGUUCAUGGAGAUCUGAGAAAGUCACAAAAAUGGCUGCAAUCGGACACGGAAGAUGGACGCGGUUCUGCAUAUCAGGGUUCCAAUUGGGAUAGCCGUACAGACGUGUACGGAUCCACUUUCGUGAGUACAGCAGAAGAUGAGGGACUAGCGAAACCAGGUUCGGUUGCCACAAAAAAGAUCACAUUGGAUUUGGUACCCAAAGACAAGGAAGUGCACAUGUUCCCGGAGGAUGAGGCGAGAAUCAAAGAAAUUGCUGAGAUUGAUGAAGAAGUUGAGGAGGAUCAGAUCGAAGAGAAAAUCUGGUUGGCCAAAUGGGCUUCAAAGAGUAUGUGGCAUCAUUUUGUGUACUACAUGAUCCCGGUUGACAUCGAAGCGUGGCCUGAGACGUCGCUUAUCAGCAAAUUUUUACAAAUUUUGCAAACGCCAUUGUUCAUGGUAUUCCGAAUCACAAUUCCUACAGUCCUGGAAGAACUUAUGGAUGAAACACCUGACAAUGAGGUUGCUGUUAUGAAAGGUGAGAGAAUCGAAGUGUCACGCACCAUGCAACCAGUCCAAGAGGAACCGGAAUCAGAGACUGAGCCGACUCCGAAAGAGCAAAGCAUUUUAUCGGAGAGUCAAGAGUCCUCCGUGCUUGACUUUGAAGCCAUGCACGGCUGGUGUAAACCGUUGAACGUUCUUCAAUGCGUUAUUGUUCCGACGCUGUGGCCAUUGCUACUCACAUCUAACGGACGAUGCAUUGGCCUUAUACCGAUCGGCCAUAGUAGUGUGCCACUUUUUGUGCCGUUUACACUAACCGGACUGGCCAUUGCAACUGCGGUUCACUUCACAUCCAGUUGGCAGUUACCGCCCCGACUCUACCACCGUCCAUUUUUCGCCACACUCGGAUUUGUGACCUCGAUUAUCUGGAUCUAUGCACUGGCUCACGAGUUGGUCAACUCACUGGAGUCACUGGGAAUCGUCUGGGAGAUCAGUGAAGCUAUUCUGGGUUUGAGUAUCAUGGCUCUGGCCAGCUCAAUCGGAGAAGUCUGCUUCAUCAGGAAUCGGUCCAACUUUUUCCGUCUUCCGUCUACUUUGAAAGAUAUUAUGGCCAACUGCUUGUUGGCACGUAACGGAUAUCCACGUAUCGCAUAUGCUGCUUGCAUGGGUUCUCCGCUAUUCAAUCUUUUAAUUGGAGCCGGUCUGUCAUACACAAUCAAAAUUGGACGAUCCGGGGAUGGAUUCGCAAACUUAUCCUUCACCCUGACACAGGCGUUGCUCUUCUCCUGUCUCAUGGCUGUCCUCGUGUGCAACAUUUUGAUGGCACUGAUCUUCAAAUUCCAAUUUCAUCGACCGUAUGGAUUCAUUUUGGUCGCCGUCUACCUCAUUUUUGUGACUAUAGCAAUCUUGAUCGAAGUGGACAUCAUUGUGUCACCACAAAACUGGAGAUUGGCAACAGGAACAGAGUAA